AUGGCUACAUCUGACGGAUACGCAAAGACGUUCCGCCGACUCGACAGCCUGGAUGCUGCUCAGUCAGUCCUUUAUGGCGGACCCACUGUUGUCGUUCCUCCCAAGCAUUUAAUGGCUUCUGAUUCUGAACAUAUCUCCAACCACUCGAAUAUGACCAAAACUCACCACGAAGAAGAAGUCUCCGAUGACUUUGCGCUGGCCUUUGACAUCGACGGCGUCCUCAUCAAGGGCGGAAAGCCUAUCCCUGCAGCCGUCGAUGCGAUGAAAUACAUCAAUGGUGAAAACCCGUACGGAGUCAAGGUUCCUUACAUUUUCCUCACCAACGGCGGUGGUAAGACCGAGAAAGAGCGAUGUCUCGAUCUCAGUCGCCAACUCGACCUCGAGGUCGACCCUGGCCAAUUCAUUUGCGGUCACACACCCAUGCGUGAUAUGGCAGAGAAAUACCACACUGUCCUAGUGGUCGGUGGCGAGGGCGAGAAGUGCCGUAUCGUGGCUGAGGGAUAUGGAUUUAAAGAUGUAAUCACGCCCGGCGAUAUCAUCAAGACGCGACACGACACGACACCGUUCCGCACAUUAACAGACGAGGAACUCGAGAACUCGCGCCUCCUCGAUCUCGACAAUCUCCGCAUCGAAGCGAUCUUCGUUUUCGCCGACAGCCGUGAUUGGGCCGGCGACCAACAGAUCAUCCUAGACUGCCUCAUGACAAAAGACGGGUGGUUGAACACACGGUCGGAAACCUUCCAAGAGGGCCCACCUGUCUUUUUCUCGCACACCGAUGUUGUGUGGUCUACCUCACACGAACACUCGCGUCUUGGAAUGGGAAAGGAUCUCAACACCAUUGCCUUUGGCAAGCCCCAAAUCGGCACUUAUAAAUUCGCCACCCGGCUUUUACAGAAAUGGCGCAGUGACUCUUGCGGUAUCAACAAGCCUCCGUCGACUGUGUACUUCAUUGGCGAUACGCCGGAGUCCGAUAUCCGUGGCACGAAUGAGUUCAACGAGACCACGGAUAACGACUGGUUCUCGAUCCUCGUUAAGACUGGCGUUUACCAGGAUGGAACUGUCCCGCGGUACCCGCCCAGGAAGACAUGUGAGAAUGUCUUCGAGGCUGUUAAGUUCGCUAUCGAGCGUGAGCACAACAAGCCUUGCAAGGGCUCCACGGUUUCCGAGCUCAACGAUGAUACCAGCCAGAAGGUUAGAGAAGUUGCCAAAUAA